AUGGCAAACACGUCGUCCGCAUAUCCCAACCCCCUCUCCUUCGCCUCCUGCUCCAUCGGCACUUCCAACCACACCCUCCCCCAAAAGCUCCACGCCAUCGCCGGCGGCGGCUUUUCUGGCAUCGAGCUCUCCUUCCCGGACCUCCAAUCCUUCGCUCAAACGCACCUGCACAAACAAAUCGCCGACGACGACUACCCCGCCCUCUGCGAAGCCGGCACCGCCGUCCGCACGCUCUGCGCGCAGCUCAACCUGCAAAUCAUGGUUCUCCAGCCUUUUGCCAACUUCGAAGGCUGGCCGCGCGGGAGCAAAGAACGUGAGGAGGCGUUCAAACGCGCCAGGGGCUGGACGGAGAUCAUGAGCGCCGUGGGGACGGAUAUGUUGCAGGUUGGAUCGUCGGAUUCGCCCGCCAUCAAGGACGCGCAGGAGGAAGAUGUGAUCGCUGAUUUGCGCGAGUUGGCGGACUUGCUAGGGAGCAGGGGGUUCAAGGUCGCGUACGAGAACUGGUGCUGGGCGACCCGCUCCCCGGGGUGGCGCGACGUGUGGGAGGUCGUGAGUCGCGUGGAGAGGGCGAACGUCGGGCUAUGUCUGGACACGUUCCAGUCUGCGGGCGGGGAGUGGGGGGAUCCGACGACGGCGUCGGGGCGCGUUGAGGCUGCCGGCGCGGAGGAGGGCUGGGAGAGGAGCCUGCGGGAGUUGACGGAGACUGUGCCGAAGGAGAAGAUCUUCUUUUUGCAGAUUAGUGAUGCGUAUAAGGUCAGCCCGCCGCUGGAGGCGCGGGUGACCGUUGCCGUAUGA